AGGCAAAAUGGUUGUCGUUGCUUUUGUUCAUCCUGAUUUGGGAAUUGGAGGAGCGGAAAGACUUGUUGUCGAUGCUGCUUUAGCUUUAAAAACCCGCAGUCACAAAGUGCAUAUAUUCACCGCUCAUUAUGAUCCAUCUCACUGUUUUCACGAGACGAAAGACGGCUCAAUUCCUGUGACUUGUAUUGGCGAUUGGUUGCCUCGUCAUCUUUUUGGAUAUUUUUAUGCAUUGUUUGCAUAUAUACGGAUGAUCUAUGUCGCUUUCUAUUUGGUUAUGUUUUCCAAAUAUCAGGCGGAUGUUGUAUUUUGCGACCAAAUAUCGGCGUGUAUCCCAGUGCUUAAACUGUCGAAGGCGAAAAUUGUGUUUUACUGCCACUUUCCUGAUCAGCUUUUGACAAAAAGACAAAGUUUUGCGAAGAAAUUAUACCGUGCCCCGUUGGAUUGGCUUGAAGAAAAAACUACAGGCAUGGCAAAUUGCAUACUUGUUAACAGUAACUUUACAGCACGAACCUUCUUCAGAACAUUCACAUCUUUGACAAAUACGAAUCCAAGAGUUCUGUAUCCUUCAUUAAAUUUCAAAGCAUACAACCAAGGAAUUGAUUCGGAGGACAAUAUAGAAGGAGUUCCAGCAACUGCCAAGCAUAUUUUUCUAUCAAUAAAUCGUUUUGAAAGAAAAAAGAAUCUGCAAUUGGCACUGGAAGCCUUCGCGAUCUUAAAAGAUAAAAUAUCGUUGGAAAAAUGGAAAAAUCACUUGGUUAUGGCAGGUGGUUAUGACGAGCGUAUUGCAGAGAAUAAAGAGCAUUUUAUUGAGCUGGUCAAUUUCUCCAAAGAAAACAACCUCACCGACCAUGUGACAUUUAUCAGAUCAUUCAGCGAUCAGGAGAAGUUAACGCUGUUUGUACGGUGCUUGUGCCUAAUUUACACCCCGACAAACGAACACUUUGGUAUUGUUCCUAUUGAAGCAAUGUACAUGCGCCGUCCUGUGAUUGCCGUCAACACAGGAGGCCCUCUAGAGACUGUUAUUCACGGAGGAACCGGGUUCUUGUGCGAACCAAACAAAAAAGCAUUCUCUGACGCUAUGCAAACUGUCAUGGAGAAGUUAGAUUUAGCUAAAGCGCUUGGGGAAAAAGGGCGUGACCAUGUUAUUGGUAACUUCUCCUUUGAUGCAUUCAGCAGAAACCUGGAUAAUAUAGUGAUGAGUUUGCAGAAGCACGAUGGCGGUCCCAUGCCUUUCUUUACUGUAUUAUGCAUGCUUAUUCUUUUUGGUAUUAGUGCCUUCAUUUUACUGUUUUUUUCAUCAUAA